CAAUUAUUUUCUGUUUACGGUCGUGCAUGUGUGCGCUCCGCGAGCGUUUUCCAUGUUUGUAAAAGAAGGAUGGAAAUAAGUAUAUCAUUGUAGACAAACGAUGCGGGUGUGUUGCAAGUUAUCGACGACAUGUGUCGCUACAGUUGACAUAGUUCGCAGUUUCGGGGAAUUUCUUAGAGUUCACGCGUUAUUGCUCGUCGUCGUUCGCAGGAAUUAAUUCGUUACGGAGUAUUUAACAUCGAACCGUUGCGUUUCUGCGAUGCCUGCUACACUCGAUCGGAAAUCAUAUUUCACCAACUGUAUCACGUUCGGCCGAAAAUAAAAUUGUAUACACAUAAUCGAGUGCGCUGCUGAGUCAGCAGGAACAAUAGUAGCGCGAACGGUUGAAAGUACGAAAAUUGAAUCGGUCGCGCAUUAACUCCUGUUAAAUGUCCGGAUUUACGUCGAGCCAAGACGACUGAAAGCAAAAAAGUGUCUGCUUGUUAAUCGCAUAAUCAAGAACGCAGGAAAUAAGUGACGCAGAGAAACUCGUUUCAAGUGCAGCGGAAUUUACUUUGCAGAAUAAUAUUGCGAACAGUUUGCAGGCUUUUGCUGACGAUUUCAUUCGCAUAGCUUAAUUGCUUUGGAGAGUUCUGGAAUUUAAUUUAUUAUCUUGAGGAUCGACGAGAUGACUGAAAACAGGAUGGUAUUGGACCCCAAGGUUAAAAGUCUGCAUAGCGAUUACGGAAGCUUCGAUCGACCAUUGGACGCCGGAGAGGGCCACGAGAGAGACGUCGAGGCGGCGGUUGAUGGAAGUAGCAACGGAAUGGCACAGUCGAGUGACGUUUAUCAACGGCAGCCAUUGUUACCUGGUGCACCGACCAAAGGGAAGGACAAGUGGUCCGGGGUGGCAUCCGGCUCGGACUAUUACGAGGACGAGGAGGAUGAGAAGAUCGACAGCCUCGGUCGACAUCCUGGGUUGCCUAACGGAUCCGGGAAUGGCAUCGUCAAAUUGGAUAUACCCGCGCCUCUCCGCGAGGAGCCUCGUUUUCCAAAAGAGAAAUGGAAAACCUUCCUUGCUUUUUUAUUUAUGGUCGUGAACUUCAUAUUAACGACAGCGUCCCUUGCAAUGGUGCACGAAAGAGUCCCGGACAGAAACACAUACGGACCUCUACCAGAUGUGGUAUUGGAUAAUAUUGCAGCACAGGAUUGGGCUCUUAAUGUGUCGGAAGUUUUGAUUAUGAUUCUCUCCAAUUCAGCUAUGGUUUUUAUUAUUUUCCAUAAACAUAGGUUUAUCGUUGUUAGGCGGGUGUUUCUUUUGAUGGGAUUGUUGUAUAUGAUGAGGAGUGUCACGAUGUUCGUGACAGUACUGCCGGUAGCCAGUAAGACAUAUUUCUGCAGCCCGAAAGCGAACAAUACUAGUCCGCUUCUUGUUAUGAAGAGGGUUCUGCAGCUCAUUUCUGGCUUCGGCUUGUCUAUAAAUGGCAAGCACACUUACUGUGGGGAUUACAUUUACAGCGGUCAUACGGUCGUGCUUGUACUUAGUUACCUGAUUAUCGAGGAAUAUUCUCCAAGAAGGUGUAAACCAAUUCAUUGGCUAGCAGGCAUAACGGUUCUCGUUGGGGUAGUAAUGGUCUUGGUGGCCCAUGGACACUAUACCGUGGACGUCCUCAUAGCUUACUACGUAACCACACGCUUAUGGUAUAUUUAUCAUACGUUAGCCAAUAAUUCGCACCUUAAGCAAUACGAACCGAACAACUUCUUGACCCGGCUUUGGUGGUUUCGUAUGUUCAAAUAUUUCGAGAAAAAUGUGGGCGGCACGGUGCCACGACAAUACGACUGGCCUCUACCCUGGCCUCGACGAUUCCUUGCCAAACACCCAAACCGGGACAGUUAAUGUUCGUCGUGAUCACAUGAUAGAGGCUCUCAGACAACAGAUUUAAUUUGUUGUAUUUGUAUAUAUACAAACAUAUAUAAAAGCUUUACUAGAAGAGUGGUACAAGAGAUGCGCCCAAGCUUCCGUCAAGCUUACGUUUCGAAGUCUUGACAGAAGUUUUCAGCAGUGUUCACUUCCUCGAGAACUUUACGACACGAACGAUAGACGACGAGAUGAAAAAGAACGAAAGGUAAAAAAGAGAGAAAUAAGAGAAACAUGGAAGGAGAGAAUAUUAACCAUCGGAAGACGCUCGUACUAUCAUGUUCGUUAUUGUCCAGUCGCGAAACCUAUUUUUCCUUGAUUUUGAUACGACUUAUACAUAAUGUAAGGGAUAGGCAACUCGAUAGUACUGACGUUAGUCCUUAUCAGGAGAAUUCAUAUUAGAUGAACGAGGAGGUAUUCAAGAGUUACCGGUCAGAUUAGUAUAUAAAAAAGAAAGAAAACAAAAACAAAUGCUUAGAUAUCUCUAUUUUCAGAUACUCCGAAAUGUGAAGAUACUUAGGAUUAAUCGCUGAUUGAGCGUGUUUAACACUCGCAAAACUGUACUAAUUGUUAAUACAUAGAAUCAUGACGCAAGAUGGCGGGCUCUUUUGUAACUUUCGAACAACGACACGAUUCGAGAAUUCGAGGCGUCACGAUGAUGUACGCGGGACGCAAUUUUCUUUCAGGCCUGGGCUUCGAUUAAAUCUUGUUUUGCAGAAAAUCGGAUAAUAAAUAAUACAGAAUAUUUUUUUUUUUUUCAAACGCAAAUGGGAUUCGUAUUCCUGUAAUAGUUGUGAAAGAUAAGUCUUCACAACUUUCUUAUAGAAUAUUCUCUCUGUCUCGAAACUCUAUAAAUUAAUUUUUAUGUGAUUGUCUGUUUAACUAAAUAGAAUGAUCCGUUAAUAAUUCUUUGAGAUUUAUUAAACGACGCCCCGGUCUGCUUCGUAUGCUGCGAGACCUUCCUAUUGUAGCUACGCUUCAGCGUGAUAUUAAUCUCAAUCGACUUCCAAAUACUAAGACGAUGUCGUUUUUUGUAAUUACCGAGAAAGAAACAAAAACGGCGGCAUGCCUUAUUCCGAUGAAAGUCAGCUGAAUGCGUAUUAGAAUCUUUGUGUUUCAGAUUGGUCAAUUAUGGUUCGUAUUUCUCUAGUUUGUACGACCGUAGACCACACACUUGAAAAAUUGGUGUCCAUUAUUCUUGUAGAAUCGUCAAAAAAAAUUAGAUCAUGUGUACUUUCUCGAGCGAUCGCGCAAUUUUCGUGGGACCAAGCAGAGAAUAGAAACACAAAGCAAACAAGAACAAAAAAAAAAGAGAAAAUACGUAGAACCGAUUGAAAGUAACUGUUCCCGACGAACGGAUCUGUUAGUAGCAAUAGGUAGCGUUAUUAGAUUCCUAAGAGACACCUUUGCUCUAGCUUUUCGUUUAGAUGAUGGUUUUUUAACAUUGUCGUUCAGAGAGACUGUAAUGUGUUCUACUCGAAAAGGCUUACGAAAAACCACUACUUAUUAUGAUGACGCGCUGCUGCGGCGCUCGACUUUUCACCGAUCUAUUGUGAUAAGAAGAUACUAUUGCGCAACUGCGAAAUUCGUGAUUCCUCGGAAUAAGGACGUCUUUGCAUUCUGUAUACACACCAAAUGUUGUCACGCGUACACGACAUGACGGAGAUGCGAACCGUGUGAGGAAAAACGACGUGUGCGAACACUGCAGUACCGGUGCCAUUGUUGAAGGCUCAAGAAACUAUUUCUAUCUCUGCCAAUCGUUUUAGUAAAUCAUAUAGAAUAUACAAACUUAAGAAGAAAUAGUUUGUAAACCAUACAAGCAAAAAUUAAAAAUGAUAUUCUAACUAACAAACACUGCAAACGUUGAAGCUAUAUGAUUACUGAAUUAUAAAAUUGAUUAGCUUUUAAACUGGAAACACAUGUCUGCAGUCUAGCGAUUACUUUUCGAUUGGGAUCAUUGUAAAUUCAUUAGUACGAUUGUAUAUGUAACAGACUGCGGACGUCUGUAUAAGAACAGAUUUUUAUAGAAAAGUUUGAAGAAAAGAGAAGGAUUCAACAAACAAUGGUACUGUUUUUGUAUUUAGAAAGCGACCACAUAUGGCUUCGUCGUACGGUUCUCUGAUCCAUCGGUCUUCUACCAUCUCGCUAUUUCGCGAUACAAUGAUUCCUUGCGAUUCUUGCCCCGCUCUAACGUCAAUGAGCGUCCUCUUCAGUUUCAUCGCCAUUUCAUCUUCGAGCUACCAGCACAAAAGCUUCGUGGCUGCUAGAUCGUGCGUAAUCCCGCACGAUCCAGUGAUCAUUCAGUGAAUCUCAAUUUAUUCCGUUCUCGCGCGGGUACGUUUGAAUGAAUCCAGUACAAUGUGGAAGAGGUUGAAUGACGACGGUUUGAAAAUUGCGAAGUCUUGUGCAUAGUUUAAGCGACUUUAACCAGCGAUUUGUUGUCCUCUGCACACAUGGUUUAUUAUUGUUAAUGCUCGUGCAGAAUUUUCGUUAUUUGUCGUGCGAGUAAUCCGUGUGUUCGAUGGACGCCUUUUUUCGGCAUCCCUCUCGAUGUUACCAUAAGUAAAAAAUAAAUGAACAAAAAGAAAAAAGAAAAAAAACGGCAAAGCAUAACCUGAUUAAAGAUUACCGCAAGGAGCGUCUCGGUGUGAUCUUGUUUUUUUGCUUGAACUUUAUUCUUUAUAGAAAGAAAGAAAGAGAGAAGGAGAGAGAGAGAGAGAGAGAGAGAGAGAGAGAGAGAGAGAGAGAGCAAAAGUGGGAGAGGAAGAGUGUGUGUGAAAGAGAAAGAGAGACCGAGAGACCUCUGUGGUGCCGAAGGAGAGCGAGACGAAUGUGGACGGAACUCGUCGGCCCUUCGCUACAUUAUAAUUAAGUCUUUUUCCGUCUGUGAUGAUAGAUGAGAAUGAGUUAUCGCGCGAUUAAUAAAUCGUAAAACAUGAUCCAUACGAUGUACUCGACACACGACCACUGAUAUUUCCUCUUAACUCUCUAUGGACCAACUCACUUCGAACCAUGUCUUCUUCUAUUGGAUCCGAACAAAAUUUCAUAUUAGAUGUUUACAUUUUUAUGUUUGAUUCGUCAAAAUUUCCUAAUCGAUUCAUAGCUGAAUUCAUUGGACGUUUAAGGACUAGAAUCCUCAAGGUGUACACUGUCACUAUCUUUUACGGUGAUAUUGAAUAAUUCAAUUUAACCGAUCUGUGGUAUCCUUUAUAAUAAUUCAACGAAAAAUGUGCUAGGUUCCAUUAGUGGUGUUCUUAAAAAUCUUAAAUUUAUAUUGAAGUCUAUUAAUAGAAUUUGUAAUGAUUAUGCAUAACAAAGAGAAUCCUCUAAAUAAUAAUCCUAGAGGAAACUGUUAAGGUGACCUGUUAACGAUUGGUAUUGCUACUACCGUUGAUAAAAUGAUUAAAAAAUGUUUAGCUAUAAAUUACAGAUCUUUGAAAAUUCUGAAAUAAUCGCCGGAAAGCGAGGUGUCAAGAUAAACAGGUGAACAACAUUACCUGUAGAAUCACCGCAACCAGGACACAUCCUGAAGCCAUACUGGACCGUAGGGGGUUAACACUCAGAUGCGUGUAUUCGAUAUAUUUUAUUAAGAUUAAAUGUGGUUCGUAGCGAGAGAUUCUUGUGCGACGCAGCAUUCGCAAGUGUAACGCGGAUCGUCCGAGUAUGUUUUUUAAUGUACAUGUCAUAGAAAUCGCGUUAGCGUAUAUUAACUGGACUGUGGAUAGCGAUGCAACCGCGCGUCGACUAGUUUACAAAUUCAAUAGUAAUAACGUGCACCUUCGUUUUUUUAUGAACAAUUUUAUUAUACGUCCCUGACCACCCGAAAUUUUAUAUACGUAUUAUAAUAUUUAAUUGUAUAUGUUUUGUGCCUUUUGUUAUUUGUAUCGUUUUAUUCCGAACAUGAAGCCAAAGGAUAGGGACCUCUAAUCGACCUAAGUUUCGUUUCGAAUAUACAUCGUGGAUCACCGACGACCCAUGCAGCGGGGAAUGCGUUACGAAAGACAUUGAAACUAUACAACAUUGUUUUUAUUAUUGUCUGUAUUUGUUUAUACGAUCAGCAAAUAAAUGACCGCGGUUUUUGAGACAGUAAUUAACUGGAAGUCUAUAUAUUUUGAUGAUUUUGAGACUAAUUUUGAGAUCUAAAUAUAUUGUAUUCGGUAAGAUGCUCGCCAAGAAAUACGUGAAGUCCGCAGUCCAAUUAUUGUUAAUCGGAACAAACUUGCUAGAUCACAUGUGCGAACGCUUAGGUGUAUUUGUAAUAAAAAAAAAAAGUAGCUGUUGUUCCUUUCGGUUUGACAUAAACGACACGAUCUUCGAUCGAGCGUUUAGAAAUAACGUCCAACCAUUAGUAAGAGCAACUGUCACAAUCUGCCAGUGAGAUAUUAAGAAAAAAGCGCGGCGAACUUGAGUCAAAAAGAUGAGAAGGUGCAAGCGCACGCGCGCUUUCUGUACCAUGUACACUUGAAGGUAAUGCGUUGAUAUAGUAAAUCCAAUGGGCCCGAUAAGCUUUGUGUAACCAUACAAAGUUGAGACAACGAUGUAUUAACGUAGCAAAUCCAGUGGCGACAUAAACAGAAACUUCUUUUUUUCAAAGUCCUUAGAUUUAGGACUGUUCUUUAAAUAUUUAAAAAAUUGGUCCUAAUGCAAUUACUGUCAGUGGUGAAGGUAUAGUUGCAAAAUAAUUUAUUAUAGAUCGGUAGGUAAAAAUGUUUCUCGCUGAUGGUUUAGAGCUGUAUUAAUUCUUUUAUUGUUGCUUUUGGAUGUUUUGCUAUUUACUUUUUGUGACAUUCUAUGAUGUUGAUAUAUUUAUAAAUUAUCGAUAUAAUUUAAUUGAUUAAUCUUAAGAAAAUUUACCAAUUUUCUGUUUCGUGUUAUUGUCAAAUGUAUUUGCUUUGUAACUGUGUCUUUUAAACAUAUUUUUCACAAACCCGGACGAGUUGACAGUCCCCAUUGUUUUAAGACAGUAACUUCUUGAUUCACUGUAUCGCCACCCCUAUGUGUACACGCGCGCGUGCACGCACAAAGUGGGGAACAUUAUUCACACGCACACGACGAAGGGAGAAUUACGCUUCUUCCAUGAACCGGAAGGAUAUUGUAACGUAGAGAAGAUUGUGUUAUUCGUGGUGCAGUUGAUAAGGAAGUUAAUAUUACAUGCAAAAACAAACCAAAGUGGAGAACUAAAUUGUUUUCGUACGACGUUUCGUAUCGUUCGAUUAACAAGUUAAUUUAAAAAAUUCGUCAAACAGACAUGAUUUUAACACUUGUAUGACCAUUGCAAACAGAACUUGUUUGUACAAUCGACACUGUGUUUUCUUAAACCCGCGUACUAGAUUGUUACAAUUAAUUUUAUUAUAAUAUUCAGUUGCUUUAGCAAUUUUUAAACAGAGAGUUAACGAAUCUUAUGAGAGUAUGGUUGAUGAACAUUGCACCCAUAGUUAAUUUGAAAACCAUUUUGAACCUAAUGAAUGGCCAAUGUGUUCUCCUUAGAAACAACAUGUUUUAAUUCUUUGAAUGAACUCGUUCUUUCUUUCGAACAAUCAAUAUCUUAAUUAUUUCUUUCUUUUAUUCCAUAUUUAUCAUAUACACUUCGCAUUUAUUUUUUUAUCGAAUCUUCUGUGAAGCUAAAUAAUGGUUGAAACUAUUAGAAAAAAUUAGUGUGCAGUUAGCUAUCGAUUCCUAUUUGCAAUAAACGCUAUAACACUAACAAUUUAACAAAAGUAUUAUACUGUUAAGGUUUGUAAACGUAAACAACAAUGUGGAAAUUAUGAUUGGCCAAUUGUACAUUUGGUUCUACACUUCUAAAUAGAAUAUUUUUGUGAACGAAGUUUUGCAUGAAUUUUAUUUUUUGUCACAUGGAUCACGAAUAACGCGACAGUGUAAAAAGAUAUAUUAUUUGGAUGCUGAAAAGCUAGAACAGACCAGGGAAUAGAAACCGAAAUAUUAUCGCUGAAGAUAGUAACACACGUGGUUAUAGAACAAAUUUUUCUAUAAACGAAUUAAUAUUGUUUAAUAUUAUAACUGAAAUCAAAAGCCUCGAAUAGUUAUCAUAAUUAUUUCGGUUUCAAUCCCCUAUAAUCGACGAAUCGUGACAAACGAAGAUUUCGGUCGGCACGCGUACGUACGCACGUGCGACAUACAUGUGUAUGUGUGUUUAUAUGUAUAUACAUAUAUAUAUUUUUACGUGUAGAUAUUUUUUGGUAAAUUGUUGCAAUAAUCGGGCAAUACAUAUAUAAAUAUAAAUAUGUGUUGUAAAUACAAGAAUAGCUGGCGAAAGAGCUUUUCAUCGCCCACGUAGAUACUUGUCAGACUAUUUGAAGAAAAGAGGAGGGUAAUUCAAGAAAGAUGUAGAGACCACUUUGUAUCGAUACAAUGAGACAUAUAAUAUAUAUAAACAGGUUUGUUCGAUGAUUCGAGCCUCUACAAACUCCUACAUUAUCGAUAAAUGGUUGAUAAUUUCAGUGCAAUUUCGUUUCAAUUGAUUUCUUGUAUAUAUUUUGUACAUAGACAGUCUGAGUCUUCGCGAUUAAUUUCAUUAAAAGGAUUUGUCAUUUAGUCCUCUCCGCAUACUCACAAUAAAAGGCAACAACAAGUUGUAUAUAUAUAAUAUUUAUUACGUUUUUUCGUAUGUUAAUAUAUGUAAUAAAGCUCCAGCUGACAUUCUUU